AUGCCAAACAUAGUGAAACCAAAAGAAUCAUUUGAUCCUUUCGAUGUAGACACAUCAAAUAAAAUAAAUAAAAUGAAUAUUACAAAUCUACAAACGUGUGAAAAUACAAGACCACAAAAUCUUCAACAAAUAUUUUCAAAAACUUUUCAAAGAACACAAAAACCGGUAAAUGCAGAGGAUUCGUUUAUAGAGAAAGAUAGCAAAUCAUCAAUUCCAUCUUUACGUAAAUAUUCAUCAGCUACAAAUCUACAUCAAACGUAUGCACCUCAGAAACAUAAGCGAAGCAUUUCAACGGUUGUUCGAAAAAACAAAAAAACGGUAAAUUUACACGAAGGAAAUCCUUUAAUAGAGCCUGACAACAAAUCAAUAUCGUCAUCAUGUUCUAAAAAGAAAUAUUUAUUUCCAUCUUUACGUAAAUCUUUAUCCGCUACAAACCUAAAACAAUCAUAUGAAAAUAAUAGUGCGGCACAGAAACUUAAGCGAAGCAUAACAUCGGUUGUUCGAAAAACCAAAAAACCGGUCAAUGUAAACGAAGUGGAUCCAUAUAUAGAGACUGAUAACAAAUCAAUAUCGUCAACAAGUUCUAAAAAGAAAUCUUUAUUUCCAUCUUUACGUAAAUCUUCAUCCGCUAUAAAUCUACACCGAUCGUAUGAAAAUGAUAGUGCACCACAGAAACUUAAGCGAAGUCUUUCAUCGGUCGUUCGAAAAACCAAAAAACCGGUAAAUGUACGCGAAGUGGAUCCUUAUAUAGUGACUGACAACAAAUCAAUACCAUCUUUACGUAAAUCUACUUCCGCUGUAAAUCUACAUCAAUCUUAUGAAAAUAAAAAUGCAUCGCAGAAACUUAAGCGAAGUCUUUCAACGGUCGUUCGAAAAACAAAAAAAACGGUAAAUUUACACGGGGGAGGGUUUCCUUUUACAGAGACUGACAACAAAUCAAUACCAUCUUUACGUAAAUCUACUUCCGCU